GCUUACAGUACGUUCGUAUAGCCUGCCUUUGCUAGGCAGGUUUUUCACUUCAUCACAUUCGAUUGUAAAUAUGCUAAUAACAUAACGUGUAUCACUGUAUUGUCAACCUGUUUAGUAUUUUUAAUGGCAGGAUGUCAAGAGUCCACUCGUGACUAACAAGGCGAUGGCUUGCAAGUGGAAUGGUCUUUUCAGCGUGGGAGAUGAAUUCGACGACGAGGACUUGUUGCAAGCAGACUGGACAGUGCCUACUGCCCCAGCCACCACCCUACAGUCCUUAGAUGAUCAAGGGACCUCCACGUCAAAUACCUCAAAGCAAGCCGGCCCUGCCACAGCCAUUACCAUCCCAAAUGAAUCAGACCCAGGGAAACAAGCUACUCGUAAUGCCCCUGGGCAGCCCACCGUUUUGGGCCUUAGGGGUUUCUCUGCCCCUAAGCUGCCCUCCACCUCAGGUGCUGGAGCCUCUGCCAGUCUAUCUGACGUGAGGAACAGUAUACAAAGUACUGGACCUACUCAUCAGAACUCCCUAACACCUGCUUCAGGUGCCUGCCCACUGGAUGACUUUGAUGACUGGGACGUGGAUCUCACGGACUUGGAUGAGAAUGUGUCUCAUGUGGUGCCUGUGUCUCAUGUGGGGCAGCCUGCUCCAGUGACUAGCGUAGCCCCUCCAGCGGCUAUCUCUAACUGGCCCUGCGAGGAUUCCAUAUCUCCACCGAAGAGGAUGCGCCCUUCAUCCUGUGCCAACGGCUUAACUCCCCCUGGUCCCAGUUUGAGAGGGUUCAGCAUUGCUGCCCACACGCCUGAGCCUCUCGGAAGAGCCCCACUCCCCAGAGGUUCUUUUGCUACCCCUGGGCCACCUUCAGGUCCUUUCCGAAGCCCAGCUGCCCUCCCUGCCCCUCCACGUAGUCCGGUUAUUCCAAGGAUGGCGAGCAACUUUCCCAGCCCUGUGACACCUAGGCCGUGGAGGCCUCAGACUCCAGGGCAGACGGGCAGUGGCAUGUGCCAGCCUGCCAGACACGUUAGGGGGGGGCUGUUUCAGGCUGUGUCCCCCUGCCCGCCCCCCAUGCCCUCCCCUCGCCCCCUCCACACACCGGUCCUGACCAAUCACCUGGUCCAGCUGGUGUCUGCCUCCAAGAAGACGCCUCAGAGGCCGCGGACUGACCCGUCCCGGCCCAAAACCCGACGCUUCCCUGGACCGGCCGGGAUGCUUCCUCAGCAGUUGAGUGGCAAAAGCCUGGAUGACAUUGUUGUGGCAGUUCCACAGACUCCUGCCCAUGGUGCUGUAGCUCGACUCAGGACUGAGGUCCCCAGCUCACAGGCGCCCGACGAAGAGGAUUUCAGUGGUGGCGCGUGGGCCGCCAUGAAAGCCGAGAUGGGAUUGGACGAGAAGAACCCCUCCUGCUUCCUGCACUCCUACAGCGUUGUCAUGGUGCUCCGCAAGGCUGCACUUAAACAGCUAAACAAGAAUAAAGUUCCCAACAUGGCUGUUGUACUGAAGAGUAUUCUACACACACAUGCUGAUGCCAAGGCUGUUUUUAAAGACCCAACAGGUGAGAUGCAGGGGACCGUGCACCGCCGACUUUUGGAGGAUCGACAGGCAGAGCUCAAAAGCGGAGCAGUGCUGUUGCUCAAACAAGUGGGAGUGUUCUCCCCCUCCCAUCGGAACCACUACCUGAAUGUCACGCCCAACAACCUGCUCCGGAUCUACCCGCCAGACGGAAGCCUCCAGCCCUGCACACUGCUGUCCCAGCACGCCCUGGGGCCAGCAGAGGUGUGGGGUGAGGACUCCACCAGGACAGUAGGAGGUCCUGUGUCUCAGAUGGAGCUCCGCUUUGAGGACGAGGACGAGGAGGAGGAGGAGCUGGGACAGAAGAGCAGUAGAGUGCAGGGAUGCCCUCCUCAACCUGCUGCCCACAACAAUGGACCAUUGCUGACCAAUGAGGGUGCAUGGGACGCAGAUGGCUUGGAUGAGUUACUUGGAGAGCUGCCAGUGGAGACCUACUCUGUGUGAUGCCAGCCACAAGAUCAGUGAACCGCACUACAAUGCAUUCCCUUCAGUUGCCAAGAAGCUCGCGCACACACACUCACAGACACACAUGCACAUGCAAGCACACACACAUAUACACAUGCACACACCUGUUCAUGGUAAACAAUCUCCUCAGGUGGCUCCAUGUGUUGGGAUCAGACUCGUUUGAUCUGUGCAGGAGCCAGAUCUGAGCCGGGGUCGGCGCACGGAGCGUCGUCCCCCCCCCCCCCCCCCCCCCCCUCCAGGAACACCUGUUGCCAUGGCGACGCGGCACAGCAGGUCCGAGAGAGAGGUCCACCUCGUCCUCGCACCGCCUCGUGUCGUCUCGGCUUGAGCGCGGCCCCCCUGCCCCUGCUCCAGUCUGCUCUGUGACAUUUCUCCCUCCCUCGGGCCCACCCCGCGCCCUGGCACUGGCCCCGGCUCCUGAGCAGAAGAGCGCCCCCACCCCACCCCGGUCUGGGGGCUACGCCAGCACGGGCAUCGCUUGUGCACGGACGCGUGCAGAGGCCGAGUUCACAGAGGACAUUGGAACUGAGCGGUUGACAAUUUCUGUCUUUCUGUUCUUUUCUUCUUUCCCCACCCCCUCUAUUGCCUGUUGUUAUCCGCUCUUUUGGCUCUGUAUUUGUUAUAACUCUUUGUGAUGAAGAGACUACUUAUGUUGUAAAAAUGUAUAUAAUUUAUAGUGCAGCCUAUCAGAUGAUACGAUAGCACACACUCUAAUAAAUGUGUGA